GCUGCCGAGCCGUAAUACGACGAGUUCUCUAAACGGGGAGUUGCGCAAGGCAUCGGAGGUCGGGGGAGAAAAUGAGCCAUGACGUCCCUCCGUCUGGUGUAACCGAGUAGAGGCUGCUGUUGACCGUCGUACCUCAGGAUGCCAGCGUCGAAGGUCGUCGCCUGCCUGGCGGCUCUCCUGCUUCUCGGCCACUAUACCACGUGUUUGAUUAUCCCAGAAGAGCUUCCUACUAUUCUCUCACUUAUAUAUUCUAAUAUCCCACCAAUUAAAAAAGGCACUGAUUCAAGACUCGGUGUUGGCUUUCGACUCGGCGAGCACGCGGAUUUUCAAAUUAUCGUAGAGCUCGGGCCCCAAAAAUAUACCGACUCAAUUGGGAAUGACGUCGAGUCGAAGAAGAAACGAGCCACGAUGUUGUAUGCAGCAAUGAGAGGUGAUCUUGGGCCAUGGGCUCAAGCUGUGGCUAAAUAUCAAAUGGAAGAAAAAAUUAAAAAAAUACUAGAGUAUUAUAAAGAAAGUCCUGAAAAAUUGUCCAAAGGAAAUUUGAAUACGACAACUAAAAAAACUGAAGGGGGCGAUUGGCUAUCGAAAUGGAAACAACAGACAUCAGCUGUAAAUUCCGUAGAUCCUUCACUGAUAAAAGAAACGACCACUGAAGACAUUUUGCCUAAAGUUAAUCGUAUGAAAGUCGUAAAUAAAGAAAUAAGUAGCGACAGUCGAAAGAAAAGCGCCGAAGCCGAUCUUACUAUAUUGAAAAAACUUUUCGACAAGAAUGCAAAUUGAAGUGUUUGACGGGAUAAUUGCUGCUUAGCUUCGGUGAAACACGA